AUGACGAAGCUAAUUGUGUGGGAUGAAAUACCAAUGGUUAAUAAAUAUGCUUUUGAAACUUUAGAUAAAAUGUUAAAAUAUAUUACUGAAUGUGAAUUGCCAUUUGGUGGAAAGGUCAUUAUGUGUGGAGGGGAUUUUCGUCAAAUCUUGUCAGUGGUACAUAGAGGAACGAAAGAUGAUAUUAUGAAAGCAAGUUUGUGCAAUGGAACUAGACUUAUUUGUCGUGAAUUUAAUCAAAAUGUUAUUUUAGCUGAAAUUGGAUCUGGUGAAUAUCGUGGAAAACAAGCCCAAGGUCAAACAUUAGAAUUUGUAGCUCUAUGUCUUCCUGAACUUGUGUUUUCACAUGAUCAGCCUGUUGAAAAUAUAGAACACUCAGCUUCAAAUUUGGAAUCCAUUAUUGCAUGGUCUUUAGAAAUUAAGGUAGAACCAUCUUUAAUAAGUCAUUUUAGUAACUUCAACUCUAGCACAAUACUCUAA